CCACUACCCAGCAUGCCAGUCGGUGCGCACUGAUCCACUGAUACUGUCGGUAAUAUGGCGGCCGUCAGUAAGUACCUGACAGCUAAAAACUCUUCGAUAGCUGGCGGAGUCCUACUCGUUUUAUACAUCCUGAAGCAAAGAAGAAGAAGAGGAGGAAAGUCAAGCGGCAAAAAAGGACGCUCAGAACUGGUGUUGAGCAAUGAAGACAAAGCAGCCAAGAAAGACCGUGCUGCGGUGGACUAUGUCUUCUUCCUCAGAAUCAGUAAGAUCAUCCGGAUCAUGGUGCCUCGAUGGUUCUGCAAAGAGACAGGAUACCUGGUCCUCAUAGCUGCCAUGUUGGUGACCAGGACAUAUUGUGAUGUCUGGAUGAUCCAGAAUGGAACCAUGAUUGAAAGCGCAAUUAUCGGUCGUUCCAACACCGAUUUCAAGAACUACUUGUUCAACUUUUGCAAAGUCAUGCCACUUAUUGCAUUGGUGAAUAACUUCUUGAAGCUGGGUCUGAAUGAGCUGAAGCUGAGGUUCAGAGUGAGGCUAACCAAACACCUCUACGACGAGUACCUCAAAGGAUACACAUACUACAAAAUGGGCAACCUGGAUAACCGUAUCGCUAACGCUGACCAGCUGCUGACUCAGGACGUAGAGAGGUUCUGUAACAGCGUGGUGGACCUCUACUCCAACCUCAGCAAGCCUCUCUUGGACAUUGGACUGUACAUCUUCAAGCUGACGUCUGCCAUCGGUGCCCAGGGCCCAGCGAGUAUGAUGACCUACCUGCUGGUGUCAGGCCUGUUCCUGACCAGACUACGACGGCCCAUCGGUAAGAUGACGGUGACAGAGCAGCGCUACGAGGGAGAGUACCGAUAUGUCAACUCGCGACUCAUCACCAACAGUGAGGAGAUUGCCUUCUACAACGGGAACAUGAGAGAGAAACAGACGAUUCACUCAACAUUUAAGAAACUGGUCGACCAUUUGCACAAGUUUAUCUUCUUCCGCUUCUCCAUGGGCUUCGUGGACAGUUUGAUCGCAAAGUACAUAGCCACUGUGGUGGGCUACCUGGUGGUGAGUCGGCCCUUCCUCAACCUCGCCGACCCCCGCCACAUGAACAGCAGCCAACCUGAGUUGCUGGAGGACUAUUACCAGAGUGGCAGGAUGCUACUGAGGAUGUCCCAGGCUCUGGGAAGGAUCGUACUGGCUGGUAGAGAGAUGACCAGGCUGUCUGGGUUCACCAUGCGUAUCACUGAGCUCAUGAAGGUCCUGAAGGAACUGAACUCUGGGAAGUACGAACGCACCAUGGUCUCUCAUCAGGACAAGGAAUCAGAAGCCGUAGAAAGAGUCCCUCUUGUCCCGGGCAGCGGACAGAUCAUCAACGUUGACCACAUCAUCAAGUUUGAACACACACCACUGGCAACACCCAAUGGAGAUAUUCUGAUCAAGGACCUGACCUUUGAAGUGAGGUCUGGUACCAACGUGUUAGUGUGUGGGCCCAAUGGCUGUGGUAAGAGUUCACUCUUCAGAGUCCUGGGAGAGCUCUGGCCUCUGUUUGGAGGACAGCUGACCAAGCCUGAGAGAGGAAAGCUCUUCUAUGUUCCUCAGAGACCGUAUAUGACCCUUGGCACCCUGAGGGAUCAGGUGAUUUACCCCGACACCUAUGAGGAACAGAAGAGAAAAGGAAUCUCUGACCAGGUGUUGAAGGAGUACCUGGACAAUGUCCAGCUGGGUCACAUCCUGGACAGGGAGGGGACCUGGGACACGGUCCAGGACUGGAUGGACGUCCUCAGUGGAGGAGAGAAGCAGAGGAUGGCGAUGGCUCGGUUGUUCUACCACAAGCCCCAGUUUGCAAUCCUGGACGAGUGCACCAGUGCUGUGAGCGUUGACGUGGAGGACUUCAUCUACAGCCACUGCAGAACGGUUGGCAUCAGUCUGUUCACCGUCUCUCACAGAAAGUCUUUGUGGAAACAUCACGAGUACUACCUUCACAUGGACGGGAGAGGGAACUACGACUUCAAACCCAUCACUGAGGAGACCAUUGAGUUUGGCUCCUAGACAAACAACACACCAUAAUUUGGCCUAGGAAAAGUUGCUCACUAAUUCUGCACUUAAAAUACGUUUUUGAAGUAACCCUGUUUUUUUUUGUUUUCUUUUUGACAAAUCCGUAUUUAAAAGCUCUUGUUAGUCACGUGAUUGUAUAUAACUUGUCAUUUAUGGUCCAAAUUGGUCCAAACUCAUGCAGAUUAUGAAAUGGGCUAAUCCAAAUCCAGAUGAAUUAUGUUUGUGUUAUACAACUGUCAACUGAAUCAUGCUUCAUAAUGAUUAAGAUGAGUUAGACCCUACAGAGGACUCUAAUCUGAUGAAUUAACACAGGGAGGUGGAGUCCCAGGUGAUUGUUUCAGUGUUCUUUUAGACAAGUCACUGAGGGCAGGUAACAGUAUAAACUGCUAUCUUGUCUUUUUUUUUUUUAAGGUAUAUGUAUAAUAUGCAAAAUGAAGCUGCUUGUUUCCUCUCCAUGUGCUUUCCUAGCCUGGUCGCUGAUCUGAUUGUACUGUCUAGGACCUGGCUAGUCCAUCCUGGCCUUUCCUAGCCUGGUCGCUGAUGUUUGUACUGUCUGGGACCUGGCUAGUCCAUCUAGGCCUUUCCUAGCCUGGUCACUGAUAUGUUGGUACUGUCUGGGACCAGGCUAGUACUAUGCCUUUCGUAGCCUGGUCCCAUGAUCUGAUUGUACUGUCUAGGACCAGGCGAGUCCUCCUAGGCCUUGGGUUAUGAAGCCUGACCUACUGUAGAGUAAAGAAGAAGUGUUGCCUGAAGCUGGAGAAUCCCUGUCCCCAGGUGCUUCCUCUGUGGCUUUUUCUCAGUUUUGUCUUUCAGCGUGUUCUCACCUCCCUCUGAAAACGCAUUGAAAGAGAAGGUCUGAGGAGAGGAGCCUUGGAUUUUCUCCAAUGUAGUUUGAGAAAGAGCUGAGGAAAGGGCCGAUGAGAGGAGCCCGGUGUGUGUUCGAGGAAGACUCUGAAUCACUCACAUUUACAAAUCAUCUAUCACAAAUAAGUUUCUGCACAGCACUCGGUUGAAUCCCCUGGACCAGGUUUUCUGUCUCCUGUCUUAGGCACUUACCUACAUAAUCAGUCAUUCUCUCCAGCUGCUUGUAGCAGUAUGUGGACUUGGCACUAGAUGACAAAUCGACUGAUCUAUGAGAAUUGUGUGACAUGUGUUGUUCUUCCUUGGAUCAGAGUGGUGCAGUUGAUCUGCAGAACCCAGAAGGCUUCCUCCUCUACCACAACAGUAACUACUACUAUAAUAUACUGACUGUAGCAAUGGUGAUUAGUCUGUUAUUGUUUUUUUUUGUGAACUGUAAAGAAACAGGCUCUGUAGAACUCAUGGUUAUAUGGGAGAGAGACUGUAAUAUAGUGAUUUGACUCUUUAAAAAAAAGUGCAUGCACCUGCAAUAAACUGUAUCAACAAUGCAUUUUCAUUAAAACAGAGAGACUGGA